ACAGCUCCCACCACUCCACAGGAAGGAAGCAUCAACACUACAAAGCUGCGAGGAUCCUGCUGCAUCUGAUGCCAGCGCGACAAGAGGCACACUGGCGCCUUUACACAAGUGCUGCUUUAUCUAAUAUUGACACAACACUUUACUAUACUACAGGAGUGAUGACAUUCAUGAAGGACACAGCCUGGUAUCUUUCCACGUCACGCACAAAAAGAGGCUUUAAGUGGCGUGUUGAGGGCCACAAGGCACCCAGGGCUCAAGACACACGCCAGUCUGCUCUACGCAGCACCAAGCCACAGUCGCCUUGGUCAGGUCCUCUGGCCAGCAAUUACCUGCGAUGCAGUUCCUUGUGUUCCUCGCCAUGGGCGUGGCCGUGGCCCAGGCAAGCGCCACGCCUCCCACAGCUGAGGAGAAUAGCUGUUCAGGCCUCAAGGACGAUCGCUCCCUUCUGUCCAGCCUACUAGCGGUAACUGGCUACAGUGAUGCUUGCGUGGCCGCCGCCCUGGACUUCUGUAGUAGUGGACAAGAGGACAGCCGCUACGCGUCCCUCAUGGAGGAGGCGAGGGAAGUGGUGCAGCAGGUGAGUGCUGCUGUAAACAAAUGGGAGUCUCGGCCGCGUCACUGCAAGGACUUACUGGACUCCGGGGACAGCGGGAGCGGCCUGCGCCAGGUAUACCCUUACCCUGGGCGACCCCACCACCGCGUGCCCGUGUUUUGUGACCACACCGUCGACGGCGGGGGAUGGACCGUCUUCCAGCGGCGCACCAGUGAUGCCGUCCGCCAAGAUUUCUACCGCACUUGGGUCGAGUAUCAGUUGGGCUUUGGUGACCUGGAGGGUGAAUUCUGGCUGGGCCUUGACCUUCUGCACCAGCUGACCUCCACCACCCUGCAGCAGCUACGAAUUGACCUGGACGAUUACGAGGGAGAACAUCGGUGGGCUGAGUAUGGAUUCUUCCACGUGGGCGCACCAGAGACCAAGUUCCGCCUCAGUGUUGGAAGUUACAGUGGAGACGCAGGGGACAGCUUCUCAAGGCACAACGGCCAAGCAUUCAGCACCCAUGAUGCUGACAACGACAGUCAUGAGACUUAUAACUGUGCCGAAAGAUACCGCGGAGCUUUUUGGUAUAAUAAGUACUAUCACUCUAAUCUGAACGGCUACCAAUAUGUGGGCAACCACACCACCCACGCCGAUGGCAUCAACUGGUAUGACUGGAAGGGCCACCACUACUCCCUGAAGCGAACGUCCAUGAUGACCCGCCCCGCCUUCUGAGCCGCUCUUGUGUUGGCUGUGGCCGGCACGGUGGGAGGCGUGCACACAAGCACAGAACACUGUGCACAGGACGCGCUUCCAGACCACCACCACCACCACCACCACCACCACCUCUCCAAGCUCCUCUGACGCUACUCUCAGCCUGAGCGCCUCUCUCUCUCUCCCGCAAACCUCCGGAGUGGCUGGCCCCUCACAGCCCGAGUCACUGCGCUGCUUGCCUCCUCACACGGCCACGAGACGUGCACACCGUGCGUCCCUGCACCGGGCUGUGCCUGCUCGUAGUCUCGUGACGCUGUUAGGUAUUUCAUUAUAUCCUGUGAGUUAAUUACACAAGCAGGUAGGCUCUCUCUCUCUCUCUCUCUCUCUCUCUCU